CAGUGCGCAGUCUCGGCGCCUCCCCGCGCUCCGCCCAGCCCGCGGGGAAGCGGUCGCGCGGCGAUGAAGUCGCGGGGGCCUGGUCUGGCGUCGCGGACUCCGGAGAUGGAGGAAAAGGAGCAAUUACGGCGGCAGAUCCGUCUCCUGCAGGGUCUGAUCGAUGACUACAAAAACCUCCAUGGCAGUGCCUCUGCCCCAGGCACCUCCGCCGCUUCCCAGUGGCAGCCGCCCACUUACAGCAGCGGCAGGGCCUUCAGUGCGCGCUACCCUCGUCUGAGCCGGAGGGGCUUCUCCCCGAACCAUGGGCCCGUGUGGCGCAAGAAAUACUCCCUUGUGAAUCGGCCCUUGGGAUCCUCGGACCCACCCGGCGACUGUGCUGCGCAGCCGCCCCCUGGGGCUGGGGGCAGCCAGGGUCCCGACCGCCAGCAGUACAUCCCGGAGAGGCAGGUCCAGCUCCGUCCGGAUCAGAACAUGGUCAUCAAGGUCAAACCCCCGUCGAAGCCGGGCUCAGCUGGCACUGCGGGGGUCCUGCGGGGCUCCUUGGAAGCAUACGGGGACCCCCCCUGGAGCAGCCACGGGCCUCAGGAAGGUGACAGUGGGCCUGCUGGUGGGCAGCGGCCGCCCUCGAGGCCAGGAAGAGCCAAGGGGAGCUGCAGUGAGGAGGACCCCCUUCUGGUCUGCCGGAAGGAGCCUGGCAAGCCCCGGCUGGUGAAGUCGCUGAGCGCCGUGGGCAGCAGCCCCUCGGAGCCCUGGCGGACGGUCAGUGAGAGCGCAGCUGCGGCCAAGGCCCGCUUCGUGGCCCCCGGCCUGCCCCAGCGGGGCGGCACGGCCCUGGGCCGGAAGGUGGGCUCGCACUCUGUGGCCAGCUGUGGUGCACAGGUCCGUGGGGACGGGAGAGCGAACGCCGGCCAUGCAGGUCAGUCAGCUGCCUCCGGCCUGGUGGCCGGCCCAGCUAGACCUGCUGCUGGACCCAGGCAGACCCGGGAGCCCUUGCUGCUGGUGUCCUGUCGAACCAACAAGUUCCGGAAAAACGACUACAAGUGGGUGGCUGCCUCGGCGAAGAGUCCCCGGGCCCCUCGGAGGGCCCUCAGUCCCAGGGCGGUGGCGGAGAAUGUGUGCAAGGCCCCCUUUUCUGCAGCGGAACGAACGGAGAAGCCGCAGCUCAGAGCCGACCUGGAUGCCAAGCCCAGGAGGUCGGCCACAGCCUCCGUGCCUGGGGCCUCCCCGAGCAAGUACAAGUGGAAGGCCUCCAGCCCCUCGGCCUCCUCGUCCUCCUCCUUCCGUUGGCAGUCAGAGGCCGGCAGCAAGGACCAUGCCUCCCAGCUCUCCCCAGUACCAUCUCGGUUCCCCCCAGGGGACAGAUCCGCAGUGGGACCCAGCAGCUUGAAGCCCCUCUUCAGUGAGAGCCCGCUCUCGGCUUACAAAGUGAAGAGCCGCACCAAGAUCAUCCGGAGGCGGGGGAGUGCUAGCCUUCCUGGGGACAAGAAGAGCAGCCCCCCACCUGCUGCCACGACCAAGAGCCAGUUCAGCCUGCGGCGGAGGCAGGCCCUCCGGGGGAAGAGCAGCCCCGUGCUGAAGAAGACGCCCAACAAGGGCCUGAUGCAGGUCAGCAGGCACCGGCUGUGCUGCCUGCCUCCUAGCCGGGCCCACCUCCCCACCAAGGAAGCCUCCAGCCUGCACGGCCAGCGGAACCCUCCCACCAGCAAAGUGAUCAAGACUCGCUACCGCAUCGUCAAGAAGACCCAGGCCUCACCUCUCAGCACCGCCCCUGGUCCCCUGGCCCCGCCCUCCUGGCGGGCACUGCGGCUCUCCCUGUCCAGGUCCUUGGUGCUGAACGGCCUGCGUACUGCUGCAGCGGGUGGGAAAGCCCAGCCCGGCUCCCCUCGGUGGCGGAACAAAGGCUACCGCUGCAUCGGAGGCGUCCUCUACAAGGUGUCGGCCAACAAGCUCUCCAAGACCUAUGGCCGGCCCGGCAGCGACGGGGGCAGCAGGCCCCUCCUGCGCGCAGGCCGCUUGGACCCUGCCAGCAGCUGCAGCCGCUCCCUGGCCAGCCGGGCCGUGCAGCGCAGCCUGGCCAUCGUGCGGCAGGCGCGGCAGAGGCGGCGGCGGAGGAAGGAGGAGUACUGCAUGUACUACAACCGCUUCGGCAGGUGCAACCGCGGCGAGCACUGCCCCUACAUCCACGACCCCGAGAAGGUGGCCGUGUGCACCAGGUUUGUUCGGGGCACGUGCAAGAAGACGGAUGGGACCUGCCCCUUCUCCCACCACGUCUCCAAGGAGAAGAUGCCCGUGUGCUCCUACUUCCUGAAAGGAAUCUGCAGCAACAGCAACUGUCCCUACAGCCACGUCUACGUGUCCCGCAGGGCAGAGGUCUGCACCGACUUCCUCAAAGGCUACUGCCCGCUGGGCGCGAAGGGUAUCACGCUGCAUUUGGGCGCCAGUUUUGGAGUGAAUGAUGAAGUGAUUGAGGCAGGGCCUCCACGACAGUGGCCAAGAGUAGACGCACUCGAGAGGCCUGCAGAGGGGCCAGUGUGCAAGAAGAAGCACACGCUGCUGUGUCCCGACUUCUCCCGCAGGGGCGUCUGCCCCCGGGGCGCCCAGUGCCAGCUGCUCCACCGCAACCAGAGGCACCUCGGCCGGCGGGCAGCCCCAGCCCCGGCCCCGGAGCCCAACACCACGCCCCCCAGGAGCAGGGCUUCCACCAGCCACGGGCCCAGGAAGUCCUUCGCCACCCAGCGCCCCACCAGUCAGACGUCCAGCUCCCCCACCUCCGCGGCAGCCGGCUCGGCCUCCCCGCCGCCUUCCCCACGGCUGUUAGCUGCAGCCUCGGCCUCUUCCUCCUCUGUCUCCUCCCGCCCCUCCCCCCCAUCCUCCCCCUCCCGCCCCUCUCCCUCCUCCCCCUCUGCCUCCCUGCCGCUGGACCAGGAGGAGCUGUCUCUGCCGGAAGAGGCUGCCUCGGCGGGGACGGGCUCCGGCAGCCUCUGCAAGCUGCCCUCCUUCAUCUCCCUGCAGUCCUCGCCAGGCCCAGGAGGCCAGCCCAGGGCCCCAACCCCCAGGAGCAGCCCCACCAAGGACUCAGGGAAAUCGCUGCACAUCAAACCCCGUCUGUGAGGGCCCAGGGAGCCGGCCCACGCCUACCUCAGCCCUUCAUCCCUGGAGAGGAAGGAGGCUUUGCCCGCCACUGCCCCAGAGGAGGGACCGCUUGCCACAGAGCCCCCCCCCGGGGGCUGCAGGGCCGUCGCUCUGCCCGCCUG